AUGAAAAAGACACCGACUCAGUCGUUCUCAACGCAUCCCUUCCUUCUUUCUACAGACGACCUCGCCCGCCACCUUUCAACAAACAUUGAAACAGGCUUAUCAAAUGCUAGUGUUUCUGCAGUGCAGGCCGAGUAUGGACCCAACAAGCUCUCUAGCGAGGGCGGGGUAAAAUGGUAUUCCAUUCUACUGAAGCAGGCUUCCAACGCCAUGAUACUAGUACUCGUCCUAGCUAUGGCACUGGCCUAUGGCGUCUCAGAUUACAUCGAAGGCGGCGUGAUCACCGCGGUCAUUGUCGCCAACGUUGUGAUCGGCUUCUAUCAAGAGUUCCGCGCCGAGCAAAAAAUGGAUGCCCUACGGAGUCUGUCUUCUCCCUCAGCCACUGUCCUCCGCGGCGGUCAAACUGACACUGUCCCGUCCGCCGAGGUGGUCCCCGGGGAUGUCGUGCUUAUCACAACCGGCGAUACCGUGCCCGCGGACCUCCGGUUAGUCGAAACAAUGAAUCUUGAGUGUGACGAGAAGAUCCUCACGGGAGAAGCGAUUCCUGUGGCCAAGGAUGCGGGUUUCCAAACAGAAAAUGAGAGUAUCGGAGUAGGUGAUCGUCUGAACAUGGCAUAUUCCUCUGCUACCGUCACCAAGGGGAGAGGAAAAGGAAUUGUCGUGUACACGGGCAUGUAUACGGAAAUCGGGAAAAUCGCGUCCUCAAUGCAGGGAAAAGAUCGCAAGAAAAACAGGUCCAUGUCCGUCAAACGCGGCGGUGCAUUUCAGCCUGUCAAGGGAGGCUCUCUCAGAAUCUGGGAUGGAUUAGGCAGGUUCCUGGGCUUGACGACUGGCACCCCCUUGCAAAUCAAACUGAGCAAGUUGGCGUAUGCCUUGUUCGGUUGUGCCAUUUUGUUGGCGAUUAUUGUUUUCGGGGUGAACAAGUUUCACGUUACAAAUGAGGUUGCCAUCUAUGCCAUAUCAACAGGAAUCGCGAUUAUACCAGAGUCUCUGAUUGCAGUAUUGACAAUCACGAUGGUUGUUGGCAUGACGCAAAUGCGCCGGCGCCGUGUUGUUGUCCGCCAGUUGUCGGCUCUCGAAGCCCUAGGCGGUGUUAGCAACAUCUGCAGUGAUAAAACCGGCACACUCACGCAGGGGCAAAUGGUAGCGAGAAAAGUCUGGGUUCCCGGGGUGGGUAUAUACAGCGUUAACAAGUCGGACGACGCGAACAACCCUACCCGAGGCGUGGUCACCCACAACCCUGCGCCUGAGUCAAAGUCAGAGGCUGAACAGAUCCAAGAGAAGCGGAGGCAGGAGAUGGAUCAGGCGAGAAGCACAGCUGGGCUCAAAUUUGAUCUUCCGUCUGAGAAACAACACAAACAAGAAGAAGAGGACACGGAUGUACAAGCAGACGGCGCUCCUCUUCUACCGGAGGUGAAUCCAGACCUAGAAAAGUUUCUUUUCUCCUCUGCCCUGUGCAAUCUCGCCACCAUCCGACAAAACUCAGAGUCGGGUGCUUGGCAGGCUAUGGGGGACCCUACAGAAAUCGCCUUGCAGGUUUUCGCAACACGUUUCGGAUAUGGAAAGAAAGUCCUCGAAAAGGAACGUGGCUGGGAACAACUGGCUGAAUAUCCGUUUGAUAGCUCAAUAAAACGCAUGUCCGUCAUCUAUAAACGGGACGGUGACAGGCCAGUGAUCUAUACCAAAGGUGCGGUGGAGAGAAUCCUCGAUCUUUGUACUUCUAUCGGUGGUCAGCACAACGAGAAAAUGACAGACAAAGUCAAGGACAAAGUUCUAGAGCAAAUGGGCUUUCUUGCAGACCAGGGUCUACGAGUACUCGCCAUUACUCAAAGGUCUACACCCGAGAAGUGGCAGAAAGGCGACGAAUUAGCUCGUGAUGAGGUAGAGAACGAUUUGACAUUGUUGGGCCUUGUUGGCUUGUACGAUCCACCGAGACUCGAAACCAAAGAUGCUGUAAAGGAAUGUACGACUGCAGGAAUCCGCGUCCACAUGUUGACGGGAGACCAUCCCUCUACAGCAACAGCGAUUGCAAAAGACGUUGGCAUCAUUCCCAGAGACACGGGAAUUCUCUCUGCCGAGGCAGCUGCAUCACUAGUCAAAACUAACGCAGAGUUUGAUGGCAUGACCGACCAGCAGAUCGACGAAAUGCCAACAUUACCACUUGUCAUAGCACGCUGUGAUCCACACACCAAGACACGUAUGAUAGCUGCAUUGCAUCGACGUAAAUGCUUUUGUGCUAUGACGGGCGAUGGAGUCAAUGAUGCGCCAUCGCUGAAGGCUGCCGAUGUAGGCAUUGCCAUGGGCAUGGGCGGCUCAGACGUGGCCAAGUCAGCAUCGGAUAUCGUACUCACAGAUGACAACUUUGCCAGCAUCGUCAAUGCAAUUGAAGAAGGCCGACGGAUGUUUGACAACAUCCAGAAAUUCGUGCUGCACUUGCUCGCGUCAAAUGUUGCCGAGGUCGUGUUGCUGAUAGUCGGACUAGGGUUUCAAGAUACCCAAGGCAUUUCAGUCUUUCCACUUUCUCCAUUGCAGAUCCUGUGGAUAAAUAUGUUGACAUCUUCGUUCCCGGCAUUUGGCCUUGGGCGCGAGAAGGCCUCUUCUUCGAUAAUGCGGCGUCCGCCUCAUGAUACUAAGAAAGGAAUCUUCACGUGGCAGAUAAUUGUAGACAUGAUUGUUUAUGGUAUCAUAAUGGGCACUUUGACCCUCAUGACGUUUGUUAUUAUUGUGUAUGGUGUCGGAAAUGGCACGCCUGACCUUGGAAUCGAUUGUAACAGGCACGACUCGGAGUCAUGCCACGUCGUGUUCCGCGCACGAGCAGCAGUGUUCGCCGAGCUGACUUGGCUGAUCCUCAUGUCAGCGUGGGAAUUCAAACAUCUCCGAAAUAGCAUGUUCAACCUUGACCCAUUGCGAACAGCACACAAUACAGCACGGUCUUGGUUCUUCUGGGAUCUCUGGGAAAACCAGUUUCUAUUCUGGGCGGUCGUCAUUGGGGCAUUAUCCGUCUUUCCAGCUGUCUAUAUCCCAGGACUAAACACCAACGUCUUCAAGCACAAAGGUAUAACAUGGGAAUGGGGACUGUCAUUCGGUGCUGUUAUUAUCUUUGUCGUUGGUGCCGAGCUGUGGAAAGCGAUCAAACGCCGCACUGGCUGGUUCUCUGAGCACGAAGCUUCUUACAGUGAAACUUCUGAAAAGGAGCUCGGACUGAGACAGGGGUUCUUCAGCUUUGCAAAGACUUUGACUAGGAUGAGUGAGAAGAGCUUCUUCUAG